GAAACCCUCAAGGCUAACAUCUCCCCCCAACUCUUUUGUUUUUUUGUUCUUGUUUUGGCCUUUGGGUAUCUUAUUUAAACAAAUAAUAAUAAAACCUUUCUUUUUUGUUUUGUUGUGAAAGAGAAAGCAGCAGCAGCAGAGAAAGAAAAUGGCACUGGAAGCUGUAGUUUUCCAGCAAGAUUUGUUCGGUUUCAGCGGCAAAGAACUCUACAGCUUGUUGGGAGGGAGUUUGAGCUAUGAACAAGACAUUGAAGACGACAAGCAUUUCCAUCAUUGCAACCAAACAUCCGAUGAUGCUAACGCUAGUUUUGUUAAUGGAGAUUAUUGGGUUUCUUCUUCUUCACCAACUUCAAUGGCUCCACUACCCCAUUUCAGUGAUGCUACUAACAAUAAUGUUAAUAGAUCAUCCUCCGAUGUCAUCGAUGAUUCGGCGGCGGCGGCUUUUGAAACGACCUCAAGUCGUCCCAAAAGACGUCGGCUCAAAACUCGUAAAAAUAAGGAAGAGAUUGAGAAUCAAAGGAUGACUCACAUUGCUGUUGAACGCAAUAGGAGAAGGCAAAUGAAUGAAUAUCUCUCUGUUCUUCGCUCUCUCAUGCCUGAAUCUUAUGUUCAAAGGGGUGAUCAAGCGUCAAUAGUUGGAGGAGCUAUCAAUUUUGUGAAGGAGCUUGAGCACUGUGUUCAAUUGCUAAGUGCUAAGAAAGAGGUGAAGGAAAGAUCAGAUGGAAGUACAAGUACUAGAUGCUGUUCAUCACCUUUUGCCGAGUUCUUCACGUUCCCACAGUACUCGACUCGGGGCGAUAGUAAUUCGAACCCGACUAACGAAUCGAUGUCUGAGAAUCGAUCCGCCAUAGCCGACAUCGAAGUUACCAUGGUGGAGAGCCAUGCAAACCUCAAAAUAAGAUCAAAAAAGGGACCGGCACAGCUCCUGAAACUGGUUUCAGGGUUGAGCAGUAUGCGUCUCAAUAUCCUCCAUCUCAAUGUCACUACAGUUGAUCAAACUGUACUCUAUUCUCUCAGUGUCAAGGUAGAAGAUGAUUGUAAGCUGACUUCAGUGGAUGACAUUGCUACAGCAGUAAACGAGUUGCUAGGUAGGAUUCAAGAAGAUGCUAUGUUGAAUUGAGAAUUUACUGCGGUUUUCCAUUCCAUAAUCCCACUGUAAUUUGUAAUUUCUCUUUAAUUUCCAUCUUCAUAUUAUAUGAAGGCUUUUUUUAACCUUCA